CCACAUGAUUCCAUUCAUAAUUCAAGUGAAUCCAAGCAAAGACAAAAAUAAACACUAGUAGCUAGUUAGAGUCUAGAGAGAAUUAUAGAAAAUGGAACUUCAAGACACAGCAGCAACUAAAAUUACCAUUGGUCUUCCAUUGGGUUUAGCACUUCUCUUUGCUUGUUUACUCUUCAUUUGUGUCUUCUUUUAUUGCUUGUUACAUUGGAAUAAGCUCAAGCUUUUGUUUCCAUCUUCUCCAAUCAUAAACCCUCAUGCUCAAAUACAACAUGACUUAACUUCCUCACCUCAAAAACCAGCAUUUCCUUUUGUGAUGAUGAAGCAAAGCUAUGCUGAGAGCUUGCCUGUAUUGAUGCCCGGAGAUGAGAUUCCUACAUUCAUAGCCAUGGCAUGUCCAUGUAAGCCUCCAACAGAUGAAAGUAUUACAAUUCGUGUGGAUAAAGAUUAAAGAAGAACCGAAUGAUUUUUCCGAUGAAAAUUCAUGUUAAGGUGAAUAACAAAAUUAUGGUGGUUAAAAAUCAAUUACUAUUUUUUUUCACUUUCUAGAAAUCAAAUCCAACAUGCGAAUUUCACGGACUUUUAUAAUUUGUGCUAAGUGAGAUGAUGAUCCACAAGCUCAAUGAAGUGUCCGAAAAAUAAUUAAGGAGCCCCAUUUUAUUUUUUGGUUAGAAUGGGAAGAAAAUGGUUCAAAUAUCAACUUUUUUCUGUUUUUAUUUUAUUUUUUUGUUUGUGCUUCUUUUCUCAAUUGAAGGACACUUUUAUCUGUUCCUUUAAAGUCUAAGAAAGAUUGAUGCCACAAUCUCAAUGUAACAUUUCAUAGCCUUGUAAUAUAGUUUUGUGUUUCAAAAGUUUUGAGCUUGAUAUGUCUAUUCUC